GGAGGUACAUAGAACCCCGCCAGCCGCUUCCGGGCCGGCAACUUAAACCAAAUUGAAAUUUCCAACUUUCAACUCCGACGAAAAAAAGGUCGAGCAUACGAGAUGGCGAUUAUAUGACAACGAAAAAAACAGAGAAAAAUAAAAGGAAAGAACAAUCCAAUUGACGAAAUACCGCAUCGAAAGGUACAUAAACUAGGCACCUAGGUACUCACCUACGAGAAAAUCAUCUACCCGCAAUGGCGGCCAGACUCCCAAGCGUCGCAUCACGACGCCCAAGCAUAAUCACAAACAUCCACCACACGCCCCAGCCCUCCGCAUUAUUAAAACCCUCGCACACGCCUCUCUCGCACACGCCCUCCCGCGCGGCGACAAUCAUCCGGCGGCCGCGGCGGCCGUACACAUUCACGCAGCUCGUGCAGCAGACGGACGGGUCGACGUACACGCACCGCACGACGUCGCCGCUCGCGCUGUACAAGAGCACCAAGGACACCCGCAACCACAUCCUGUGGCAGCCCUCCGACAGCUCCCUGCGCAACGUCGAGGUCGACGAGGCCGGCAAGCUGGCCGCCUUCCGAGACAGGUUCGGACGCGGGUGGGACGCCGAAGGAGGCGCGCGAGAGGAGCAUCCCGACGCCGUUGACAAGAGCGACCGAACCGCUGAGGCUCCUUCCGAUGCCGAUGCCGCUGCUACUGCCGAUACCGCCGCAAAUAAGGCCCCAGAGAAGGCUCCUGCGCAUGAUUCCUACGACGCGCUGAGCGAUCUGAUCUCCAGCUAUUCGGCCAAGCAGGAGGCCGAGAAAGAGGCGAAGCCCCAACGAAAGAAGAAAUAGAGACGGGAAGUCAUAGAUGGAUCGGGUAGAAAGCUCGUAUAUACCUACCUACCUACCUACCUAGGUACCUACCUUUUAGAAGAGAUCUGCUCUAUCUGCUCUAGGUAUUAUCUACGAAGCUCAAAGAUAGAAGAAGAAGAAGAAGAAGAACGGAGGGAUUUGGAA